AUGGCGCCUUCUGACCACGCCACCGCAUCGCCGCUCCUACCACCGGCGGCCCCCAAGACCGCGGCCGCGGUCAACAAGUUCGUCGCCGCUCUCGCCGGCCUCAAGCUCGCCUUCGGGCUUGGCUGCCUCCUCGCGCCGCGCCUCGCCUUCGCCGCGCUCCUUCUUGACCCGCCCGCCGCGCAGGCCGUCGUCGUCACGCAGCUGUACGGCGGCGCCGUCGCCGCGCUCGGAGGCCUUCUAUGGAUGGUCGCGGCCCCGCGGUACGGGAGCGGCCGGUCGCAGCGGCUGCUGCUCAAGGACACGCUGGCGGUGCACGUCGCGGCCGACGCGGUCGACGUGGUCUCGUGUGGGGUGGGCUUGGCGACGGGCGCGCUGCGGAUGCCCGUGUUCGGGGUGGUGGGCGGCGGGUGCGCGGUGCUGGCGGCGCUGGGGGCGGCGGCGUAUAGGUCCGUGGUGGUGCUGGAGGACUAA